CAUAAAGUAUAUACGGUUAGCGAGAAGAUGUCAAAGAGUCCAAAAUCAUCAAGAGAAGUUAUCUUACGACUUAGUGGCUCAGCUUUAAGAAAUCCCAAGAGCUUCAAAAUGGGUACAGCUGUCUUUUUCGCAGUGAUCCUUCUUGCUAUCGUCUUUCCUCCUGCCGCCGUCCUUCUCACGUUUGGUUGCACUGUUGAGUUUUGGGUAUGUCUGAUAUUGACGCUGUUGGGUUAUAUUCCCGGGAUCAUCUACGCUCUUUAUGCCAUCACCAGGGAGUGAUUGUUUGAAGCUCUACUGCUCUUUCCUUUUCGUCUCCUCAGGGAACAUGCGGCUUCAUCGUGUUAGCUCAUUGGGAGUGACUCAUCAUUUGUUUUAUGUUAUGAGCAAUUAUCCUUAUUGUAUUUACUAUUAUUAUAACUUAUGUGAUAUGAAAAAAAACUUUUGGUUCA